AUGGCUGACCAGUCUGGAUCUGCAAACACCUCCAUCGCCGAUAAGGGAAAGGGCAAAGGCGCUGCUGAGCCUGAGAAUGAUACCACCAUGGAGGUUGAUGACAGCUCCAGCGACGAGGACGUCGAAGUUGAUGAGGAUGAUGUAGUUGAGGAGCAAGACGACGAGAUGGCAGCUAUCGACAGAACCAACAUCAUUGAGUCUGGCCGCCGCACUCGUGGUGUUAAGAUCGACUACGCCAAGGCAGCCGAGGAGAUGAAGGCUGCUGGUGAGAUGGACGAGGACUCCGAUGAUGAUGGAGACUUCGAGGAGCCUCCACAGGACUCCGAUGCUGAGAUGAAGGACAAGUAG